GCAGUGGCACCAUUCGCCACGUUUGUUUCAGCCUCUUUCACCGGAUUUGCCACUAGUAUUUCUCGGUUGGUGAGAUCACGUCUUCUACUUCACUGUCAGCUCGUGCUCUUGCGUUAAUUUCAACUCGUUCAACUUCCACAAGUUGGCCACAAGCAUCCUUUAUCUUGUAGGUAAAACCUCAGGCACAACACAACUACCCAAGCUUUCGCUUAUUUUUCCCUCUUUGCCGAACAAUUUACACCAUUUCACUCUUUUGAACUACCAACUCCAUUUAGAAGCAUUCAGUCUGCGUCAGUGUCAUUCUAUUCGAUUGUGCCGCCUUGAAAAACUCACUCAGGUCUCCCAGAUUCAAUCCCCAUUUGCGUUUCUUUGGGUACUGACAUUGAGCUAUUCAUAUUUACAUCCAAGAGCAGUUGGGCGAAGUUUCCGCUGAACAGUUCAAUUGGACACAGUUGUAAUCGCAUUAAUGGCCUACCUUCAGGAAGCCUAUCUGCUCGUGGAGCCUGGUGAUCACGAAGUUUCUAAACAUGACCGUGCUCAUCAUCGGAUGUAUAACAGCAACCACUUAGCUUCCAGCAGUCAGCACGAGACAUCUCGAAUCCGGCGGUUGUUGAAGAAAUCAGCUCCAUCUCGACGUCCUACUGUGGAGAGUGAUCCAGACAUUAACCCGGAGUUACCCGUCAAGAGUCCGCUUUCUCGGGGUCACGGCGCAUCUGCUGUUGGGCAUGAAACUGGCCUUGAUAUCAAACCUCUUUCAAAAUCGUUAGGACAACCCUUGUCACGGCUAACGCGCUCUGCUUCUCGUCGAAGCCUCGUUGGAGUCGGCGGGCGUUUCAUACCAGAUAACACUUUAGCCGACAAUGGGCCCUCCAUUAAGCGGGCCGUGACAGAAGCCAAACAGGGGUCACCGCCUGCAACAGAAGAAUUAUCCUACAAUCAUCUUGAUCCCAGUACCUCGGCUCCUUCGGAGUUUCCCUUCAACACCGCUCCGCCAUCUCAAUCCACCUUGUCCCCACCAGUAUUGGGAAACACCAAGCGCAAGCCACGCUUAAGCAUCUCAAAAAACAUGAUUCAAUACUGUCUUUCUACUCCCAAACAUUCCCCUCUCGCAUGGCCUCCCAUUCAGAACGGCGCCUCGCAAAUAAGUCUUCACUCGGCUGAGUCGGAGGCUAACUCAGACACGGGUCCACUCGCAUCUCCAAAAGAGUCUCAUCAUGGAUCAAAAUUGAUAUUCAAUAAUUUCAGGAAAUUGACUCUGAAUUCCAAGAGAAGUCCCGUUGCAAGCAGUAAAUCGUGCUUGCCGGCAGACCUAACGCCGCAUCAACCUUCGUUUUCGGAUGCCCUGCCCCUGAGUCGGACCGACGCGGUUCGCAGACAGGAUCAUUCAAAUGAAGCUCUUGAUCACACAUGGUUCAGUAAGUCUCGAGGUGAAAGAUACCAUCCCCAUUUGCGGAAUGAUGUGCCAUAUUGGAUGUCAUACGGACCCGAGAUCAUGGACUAUCACAUCUUGAUGCAAUAUUCAUCGGCAAUUCUACAGGGCACCUCACCGUUUCAGUUAAUGGCUUCACCGCCGGAAGCAGAUAACUCCAAGAGAGAGAUUCGAAAAGUUCUGGACAUCGGGUGCGGUCCUUCAGCCACGUGGUGCGUGGGGGUCUUGAGGGAAACUAGCGAAGUGGAAGUCGUUGGGCUAGAUAUCUGCCCGUUGUUGCUCAAUUUAGAUUGUCUGGAGAGACGCGUCUCGGAAAAUCUUUCUUUUGUCAAACACGACUUUUCGGAUUGCACGCUACCUUUCGAGACUGCAAGCUUUGACUACGUCCACGCCUCCUUUGUCGCCGCUGGCAUUCCCGAGCAUAAAUGGCCAUCUAUGCUGGAAGAGAUGACUCGGGUACUCAAGCGGCAAGGAACAUUAGAGCUUCUGGAGUGCAACACAUUGAUCGCCGACCCCAUUAAGGCGAAGGACCCCACUUAUCUCGAUGAUGGAAAGACCCAAGGGACUAGUUUUUGCCGGGUUCCCACCGCCAGUGCGUCAAAUCAAUUGAGCGUAAUGCCACGUGAGACAGAAUUGCUAAAGGAAUCGGUGUCCGAGGUUUACCCUACAACUGUCAAAGAAAUGGUCGAUAAAUUGCUUGAAAGCCAUUUCAUCUCGCCUUAUCCUCUUUCGCUCCUACCCACUGAGGUUUCGAACUUAACGACUGCCAUGAGAAGACCGCUGGCCAAGAAGUUCAUCAGAUUUCCUAGUGAUCUUCAGAGUUUUGUUGAUACUCAGACGAAAUCGCCAGACAGAGCACACACGUUUAUAGGAAAUGACAGUCAACAGCUGGUAGCGAAAGAUGACCCGAUCGCCAAAGCCGCUGCAAAUGAGUGCAUGGGGAUGCUGCUACUGCACUCCCACAUCAAUGCUAUGUAUUCCAAUAAAGAGAUAAGCUGGUGCGACUUGUGGCUGCCCGCCAUCCAUUGCGAAACUACUGGCAUGCAUGUACCACACCCCUUAGUCAAGCGCACAAGACCAACACCAAGUCGUAUGCCACCCCAUUUUGGUUUACAUUUGAAUCAGAAUCGACGGACCAAGUCCAACAGCCCGAUCUACAAAGUGAAAUCUGAGCAUUCCGAUCAAUCAGUGUUCGAAACAACUUCCGACAAAGCCGAAGCUUCUAACUCCAAAUCAAUUUUUACGCUUCACGAAGGCCAAACGAACUCCCACGAAAAUGUUAAAUCCAUGUCCCACUCAAACUUGAAUACUGAUGCCCUCGCAGGGAACUUUAAUCUCGACUUACCUCUCGACCCGAGAGACUCGGUCCAGCAUCAGCAUGAGCCCGAAAAGAUGGAUAUAGAUUCUCUGAGAGUUUCGCAUUCAAUCAUUUCGCCACACCGGAAGAAAUUUGAUCAAACCUGGAACAAGUGGAAAGACGACUUGAAUUGUCAUUCGCUUGGGAUAAGCAAACUAUUAGAGUUGAGGUUUGGUUGGACUUGUACGAUGGAUCUCGAGAAUCACAAAGCACUGUAUGAGCAUUACGAGUUUUAUCAACAGCAACUGGCCCAAUGUGAAUCCCGCAUUGCCGAAUUGCGUCUGAAGUUACAGGAAAUCAAAUUUGUCCAUAUAGACGAACUGGAAGCAAGCUUAGAUGAAGACCUCCAUUCAAAUCCUCCGUCCUCGGUUCGUGGUGCAUCUCCGGUCUAUACCCACAGGCCACAUUCAUUUGAAUACGAGACUUCGUCUGAAGGCCACGAGGAUUUUGAACAUAUCAACUUUCCUAGAAACUCCAUCGGCGGCUCAUCACAUGACACGGCUACCUCCACUGAUCCCAGGCAACUGAUGAGCUGUUCCGAAAAUCCAAUUUUAGGCUACGGAAGUAACGUCGUCCACCAUGAACCUGACUCACAAUUGUUAGAAGAACUUGGGUUCGACAUACUCAAAGAAAAUUCUAACAUGAGGCCACGCACACGCCACUCAUCAGGAAGUACAGGUCGUAUCCCUGCUGGUCUAAAAGAUGCGCGGUCGUUGUAUAGAAAGAGUAGUGUCGCAGCAUUCAACCGACACCAAGCGGAAAGCGAUAAUGAAGAAGGAUUCAUGAGUGACUCUCCGAUAUCCUCAAAGGUUUUCUUGUCUAGUUCGAAGGUUACUUCCAAUCACAUUCAUUCCAAAGGACGGGAAACCGAUGUUGAUUUGGAGACGGAAAUCGAGAGCUUGACUCGGCAAAAAGCCGAGAUCAAGAAGGCAAUCCAGCUGAUUCAGACUGAUUUAGACAACGUCACCAAGCGACUAGGAUUACUUGACCCGGAAGACUAUCAACCCCUUGCGACCUCAACUGCUGCUGUUGCGCAGGUUUCAAAACUACCCCUAGCAGGAGAGACAGAUCAACAUCAGGUCGCUACUCCUGAGAACUGCGACAAGAGGUCAGCCCCUGCCGCGAGAGAGAUCUCUUCCGCUCCGUCAGAUGAGGCAAAAGAAUCCAGUGCGAAAAUCACGACAAACCCCAAAGGUUCGACACGGGAUGACAAACGAACGGAAAGUGGCAUGAUGAACGAUCUAUUCUCGCCUUUUGAUAAAUUGGAGUUCGCCAGUUUCCUUGUUGAUGAUUGCUAUAAACCAGCGUCUCUCUUGGGUCAAUCAACACAACAUGAGGCUAACAAAGAAACCAAUGAAGAUCUCACGAGCCGGAUUUCGAUCUUUAAUCAAAACAAUCCUGGUAGGACAUCGAACCUCAGUCAUCGACAUGUCAAGAACGCGAAGGACCUGAGAUUUACGAAUGUUGGUUUUGGUGAUCUGAGAAUUGAAAAAUUUUAUUCUGUAAAAAAGAUUUGAACUGUUGUCUCCUCAGAUUCUUUCGUUUUUACCUUUAAUACAGCGGAUGUGUGUGCGACUCUCUAGGCUUGCAUUUCACUCCUUUUAGUAAGAUUCUCAUCUUUUUUAUAGAGUGUUUGUAAAUUACUGUCAUUCUUUAUCAUAAACACAAGCUAUCAAUUCACAAUUUUAAAG